UUCAGCAUGAAGACGCCUCUACUUGUUCUCUUCGUCUUCACCUCCUGCCGGACGUCUGACGCUCGUGCCUCCAUAAAGGUCUCUCCCAGCUGGCCUCAGUAUUUCGAGUAUGAUGAGAUCUCCAUCAGCUGUGAGCAGUUCGGACCUGGUAAAUGGACGGUGUGGGGAUACUCCACAGAGAGAAAGCAGCUGUCCCAGUGUGGGUCCAUGUGGGGAAGCCCCACUGCCUCCACCUGCCAAAUGAAGACUGUGAAGCAGUCUAACAGUGGAGUGUACUGGUGUCAAUCUGCACACAGAGACAGCAGCAAUGCCGUCAACAUCACCAUCACUGACAAACCAGUGAUUCUGCAGAGUCCUGUACUCCCUGUGAUGGAGGGAGAGGAUGUCACUCUGAGCUGUAAAGCAAACCCCCCAAAACCUUUCUCAAACCCCACAGCUGCUUUCUAUAAGGAUAGCACCCUCAUCAGGACUGAGCCUACAGGUCACAUGACCCUCAAGAAUGUUUCUAAGCUGAAUGAAGGAUCCUACACAUGUAGAAUCGAUCAUGAAGAGUCUCCACCCAGUUGGCUGCUGAUGAGAGAUGAUUCUGAGCCGGCGUCUCUGUCAGUGUCUCCAGACUUGUCUCAGCUGUUUGAGUAUGAAAAAUUGUCUCUGAGCUGCGGAAACAGCAGCUUUGAUGGGUGGAGGAUCAGCAGGUUCACCUCCGAAGGCCAAAUGUCCACCUGUGGACAGGGAUGGGGAACGGCGACUUCCUCUGUCUGUAACGUCCACAAGUUGAAACAGCGUGAUAGUGCCAUCUACUGGUGUGAGUCUCCUACAAAGCAGCGAAGCAACUCCGUCCAGAUCUCUGUACACGACAAACCGGUGAUCCUGCAGAGUCCCGUCCUCCCUGUGAAGGAGGGACAUACCGUCACUCUGUGCUGUAAAGCAAAGACCACGCCCUCCAACCUCCCAGCUUCUUUCUAUAAAGAUGGCUCCUUCAUCAGGACUGAGCCUACAGGUCACAUGACCCUCCAUCCCGUUAGCAGGUCUGAUGAAGGUCUCUACAGAUGUAACAUCAGUGGUCAUGGAGAGUCUCCACCCAGCUGGCUGUUUGUCAGAGCUGUCGAUGUCCCGGUUUCACAAUCCACUCCGACACCUCUCAGCCCGACUGUGCUGAGAGUGAUACUGCACAUCAUGGUGUCCUCUCCAUACUUCAUCUCCACCAUCCUUGCGCUGUCUUUGUAUCGGCACAAUUGCACAGGGAGGAGCCCUCCUGUUUCCAGGACAAAGUCUCCACGCAGUAACGAAGAGGAGGGAAUGGACCGUGACGAUGCCACGGCUGAUGUCACCACUGAGCAUCAUUUCUAAAAUCAACUUUCUCAUUUUAUUUUACUUCAAUCUUACUGCUCUCUUUUUGUCAUGUGUUGAUCGUUUUAUAAAAUUUUAACCAUAAAAU